CGCAUCUCCUAUUUCAUCAUGUCGGGACUUCUAGGUGCACUCAUCAAUAAGAAGGCUUUGGCCGAGACACCGAAAGAGGUCCUCAAUUGGUACCUCUUUGCCUCGGCCUUUUGCAUAGCGCUUUCAGGCGGCCUCCAUGGAGCCAACACGUCUAAUAUCAGCGGGAUCCUGGCGAUGAGCUCGUUCAAACAGACUUUCAGAUGGAAAGAGUUUUCCGCUUCAGAGCAGACAAACAACUCUGGCUGGAUCACUUCUGUCAUCGUCCUUGGAGGUCUGGUCGGAACGUCGACUUCUGCUCCGUUCAACGAUCGACUAGGCCGUAAGUGGACCAUGUUCGUCAACGGAUUUCUCUAUCUUGUAGGCUCCAUCAUCCAGAUCAGCGCGAGCGGAAGCGUCGUCCAAGUGAUCGUCGGACGCGCCGUACAGGGCUAUGCUUCAGGAGGAGGAGCGGUAAACGGAUCCAUGUUUCUGGCCGAGAUUGCACCCAAAGCUAUUAGAGGUCUCCUUGGAGCGUUCAUGAGUAUCAACAUCAUGUUGGGAGUGGCGCUCGGUUACUGGAUGAAUUACGUCUCGAUCCUGUACAUCUCGGAGGAGUCGAAUUGGCAAUGGAGGUUCCCGGUUCUUUUUCAGAUGUACCCCGGAAUCAUUAUGUGCGUCGUCGCGCCUGUCAUCUUCGACUCCCCUCGAUGGUACGCAUCCCGAGGUCGAAUGGAGGAAGCAAAGAAGACGUUGGCCAAGAUCCGUCGACUCCCUGAGGAUCAUCAUUUCCUCCAACAAGAGUUGGAAGAGAUGUCGAGGGGUGUCAAUCAGGAACAAGAGAUCAAGAGCGCGACUUCUUGGGCGGGAUUGUUCUCCGAGUUGAAGAGGGAUGUGACUUUGCGUCGGCGCUUUAUUCUCGUCUUGAUCGCCCAGAUUGGCUUCAAUUUUUCCGGCGGAAACUCGAUCACCUACUAUCAAUCCUCGAUCUUGAGCACCAUCGGCGUCACGGGAAAAGCCGGAACGUACCUCUACUCGGGAAUUUACGGUCUCAUGAAGGUCCUCGCCGUCUUUGUCUACUCUCUCUUCUGCGCUGAGCGGUUCGGCAGGAGGACGUGUCUCUUGAUAGGCUCGAUCAUCAACCUGAUCUGCGUUCUCUAUAUCGCCGUCUACCUGGGCGCUCUCGCCCCUCAUCACAAUACCGCGGCCGGGUGGGUCGCUGUCGUCUGCCUAUUCGUCUUCGCUAUCGGUUACGGGAUCGGAUGGGCGCCUGUCGCUAUCGGUCUCAAUGCCGAGAUCUUCCCCAACGCUUACCGGUCGAAGCUCAUGAGCAUGACGUUCAGUAUGCAGUACCUCGUCAACUUCUUACUCACGAGGUUCUUCCCUAAUAUGGUCGCCAACAUCGGAUCAUUCGGUCCAUUCACAAUCUUUGCUUGUGUCUCCGCCUUGAUUAUUACCUAUAUGUUCCUCGCCCUUCCUGAGGUCAAGGGUAAACCGAUGGAGACCAUGCAAGACCUCUUUGGUCGAUCGUGGUGGCUCAACGGAGUCAACCAGAAGAAGAUCGCCGAUGGCCUGUAUACCAGUGCCACGCCGGACGCUCAGAGGUCUGUUUUGGAGAUGGAUGAGAAGUAUGAGAGCGAUGUGUUCGUUGAAGAGCGAGCUCGUGCCAAGGUGUAAAACUUACCUGUUCUAGCUGGAGGUCGUGUACAGAGGCAUAUCAAAGACAAGCGCGAGUCAAUAUCGAUCCUCUCUGGGACGAGUUUUGUGGAUCUGGCGCAGUCGUCAUAGCUUGUAGCUUGUACCGAUUAUGCAGCAAAGGUGUAUGACGCUAGAGCUG